AUGGUUAAGCUUCCUUUCUUUCAUCAAAGAAAACUCACAUCUUCACGCGGCGGCCAUCCUCUCGUCUCACCAACCGCUGUUGUGGUUCGUUUUUCGCCACCACACAACACCAUUACAAACUCUCAGUCUCUCUCCUCAUCAAUAUUCGUCUCAAUAUCCAUUCAACACGAUGAAUACUCCUUCAUCUUAAUCCAACUUCGUCGUCCAUGCCUCCGUCUCAAUUCGGAGUUUUGUCUCAACCUACCUCCGAUCUCACUUCAUCUCUUCUCCUUACUCGAUCUCUAUCCAUUUAUAGGUUUUACCUUUUCUGAUCAAACCUUAACAUUACCAUACCUAACAUGCCAGCAAAAAAACCUAACUCUCAUGAAAAACCAAAAUUUAACACCCAUAGUUGAGGCUUCGAGUUCGCUACCUUACGAUUAUGUUUCAGGAAGCCUCAAUCAAGACAGGGAUAUGAAGAAGAUGAUUGAAGUUCCGAGGCUUACCUAUCAAAGUCGCUCCGAUGGUGCUUCAAUAGCGACACGAUAA